UGGGAUUUCUGAGUCUCUUCUUUCCCAUUCUCCUUCAUCCCCUCUCAUUUUUGCUGGUUUGCUUACAAUGAGAGUAGGCAUUUAAAAACUGAUUUUAAGUGGGAAACUGAAGAAUUGUGGCAAAGUAUUUGCAUACUCUUAACUAAUGAAGUAGUCAUUUUUAGUCUUCUUAGAUUUUAUUUAAAUAGACUUGUUAUUUUUAAAUAUAGGAGAUCUCAACAACAUUGCAGCAAAACUAGAAAACAACUACUAACAUCAUUUUUACAUAACAUUUUUGAAAUUAUUUUUCUUUUUUUUCCUGUAGGUUAGGGUAAGUUUAAUGUCUUGUCCUACAUAUGCAAUUCCCAAAAUUAAACCACAGAUCACUUCUUAAUUAUUAAUUAAACAGGAAAUGGGAUAGUUGUACAUGUAAGUCCAAUAGCUAGUGAAUUAGUAGUUUUAAACACCAUCACCUUGUGAUCUCUUCUGCCCUGUCUUUUUGUAGUUCUAGGUUCAGUCUGUCUCAGUGUCUUCUACAUUCUAAUAAUAAUAGGGAUGAAAACAAUUAACGUUGAUUGGCACAUAAUAUGGACCAGCACUGUGCUAAGUGCUUGACACGCACCAUCUCAUUUAAUAAUCCCCACAGUAGCCUCGCAAAGAGGGUUCUGUUAUUUCGGCUUUAUGGAUGAGGACACGGGCACAGUGAAGUUUGGAAGCAUGUACAGGGGCAGUCAGUUAGGACUCAGUUGGAGCUCUGAUUCCAACCCAGGGCUUUAUGUUAUCAGAGCUGAUUGACAUUCUUUAACCAAAAUCUGGGCUCAUUCAACAUUAGUGAGAUGAAAGGAUUUUUACUGUGAACUACCCAGUGAUUCUGUGUUCUUCAGUAGGUAGCACAGAUUAUUUGUGCUCACCUUCAGUGGGUAGAUGGGGUGAGGAGAAUGAAGCUAGGGCCCUUUGUACCAUGUCACAUUGGGAGUGCAGCCAGACCGGGUGUCCUGAAGUGACUGAGUCCCUUGGGAUAGCACCAGCAGGCACAGGCAGUGUGGUGGGCGAUGGACGGAUGCUGCCUCCCUUGGGCGGAUGGUUUCUUCUCCCAGCCCCUUUUUUGAGUCCUGCAAGAGGAAGAAAAAGCCGGCAGCAAUAUGCUUGGAUAGCUUUAACUUUGGAUCUGUGUUCAGUGAAAAUGCUGAGUCACUUUGAAUGACCCGUUCCCUUAUCAAUUGCCUUGGCUUUUGGCUUUUGUGCCUAGUAAAUAGCAAAUAUUUAUUGAUGAGGAGAAUGAAGUUAGUUAACACCUUCCUCACCUGCUACUUUCAAUUCUUUUGGUUUUUACCCUGCUUUUCGGCUCUGCAGUCUUUUUCCUGGACCUUGGCCUUUUCAUCGUGUGCUGAUAGGGUAUGGUGAAUGAGUUAGAUUCCUGUCUAGCGGUGCUGAGGUUGUUCCAGGAGUGGAUUGGCUGCUGUCAGGCCAGGGAUUGAGUUGAGAGUCGGGGAUAGAAUCUACUUCUCUGGUUGCAUGUUAGAAUCACCUGGGCUGCUUGAGAAUUACAUGGUGCCCCACACCCAUUUUUAUUUAAUUGAUCUGGAUUGGGGCCCUGGUAUUUGAUGUUUUUAAAUCUUCUUAGGUGAUUCCACUGUGUAGCCAAUGGUUUCAUUUAAAUAUUAAUAGCUUAAUUAGGAAGCUGGGUUUAUUUUGGGCUGUGGAGAUGGGGCUCAAAAGAUGCAGUAGGUCCCCCAUGGGCACUGCACUGGGCAGAUCGUGCAGACCCUUUCUGCUCGCCUAUGACAUAAUAGCCAACUCUUGGUAGUGCUUCCCCUGUGCCACGCACUGUUUGAAGCACAGUGCAGCAUUAACUCAUUUAAUCAUCACGAUAUCCUUAUGAGGCAGGCACUGUGAUUAUCCAUUUUGUAGAAAAAGAAAUUCCUACUUGUAGCCAUGAAGGACAUGUAGUAUGAAACUGACCCAUAAACCUAGGUUUUGGUUUUUCCUAGAUUUACAGUAUAGAAAACAUUUCAGAUCUUUGUGUUUUAAUAAUUUAGCCUCAAAUGUGAAUAUAUUUGUUUUUACAAAUGAAACUGAGACCUGUGCCAUGUCAUAUAGCUAGUGACUAUCAGUUAGCAUACAGAGUUGUAAAUUGGUAUUGUAAAUCAUUUAAAACAUUACUUUUGUAUGGUUUUGACAUAGAUUUUACUUUAUGGUACAUUUUAUAUUUCAGGUUAUUUGAGAUGUACCUCAUUUUUAAGGGGAUCUUUUUUACUUAAAAUUGCAUUUUGUACUUUUUAAAAACGUAUGUACUGUGAUCUUUGAGUGCAUAUUAGAUCUUCACUGACUUGUGAUCUGACCUGCCUCUUCACAUUCUGGCUACUGUAACCCUCCAGGAUACUAAGCAAAACUAAUAGCAGCAUUUUAAGCAUGCUCAAGUCCUGCCGUUGUAAAACCCAAACUCAGCACUCCUUCAAACCCGCAUGCAUUUCUAGUCUCCCCUUUAUAGCCAACUUACUGAACAAGUUGUCUUUGCUUGACAUAGUCUGUAUUUCUUCAUCACUCAUACGAUCGUCAGCCCACUUUGUUCUGGUCUCAGUUCUGUCAUUGCAGUCAUUGAGGUCAUGGAGUAACCUCCAUGUUGCUAAAUUUAGUAACUAUUUUUAAAGCAUUUAUUCCCCUAUUUAUUGGGACCUGCCUUGUGCUAGGUUUGUGCUGUUGUAGGUACAGGUCAGAUGUCCUUUAUCUGAAAAUCUGAAACCCAAAAUGCUCCAAAAUCUGAAACUUUUUGAGUGCUGAUAUGACACUUAGAGGAAAUGUUCAUUGUAGCGUUUCAGAUUUUUGGAUUAGGAAUGCUCAACUGGUGAGUAUAAUACAAACAACAAAACCUGAAGAAAUCUGAAAUCUGAAAUGCUCUGGUCCCAAGCAUUUCUGAUAAGGGAUACUCCAAAAGAUAUUGGGAUCGAGUAGUGAAUAAAGCAAAAGGAAGUCCCUAUCCUCAUGGAACUUGGGCUCUAGGAAGAGUGACAAAGACAUAAAUAAAUAUUUAAUAUAAUGUCAGGAUCAUGAAAAACCUCCUGUUGUAUGACUCCACUGAUAUAAAAUGUCUAGAAUAGGCAAAUCUAUAGAGACAGAAAGUAGAUUAGUGGUUGCCUAGGGCUGAAGAGGGGUGAAGGGAGAAAUGGAGAAUGACUGCUAAUAAAAAAUGUUUUAUUAUUAGAUUGUGGUGAUGUUUGCACAACUCUGAAUAUACUGAAACCAUUGAAUUUUACACUAUAAUGAGUGAAUUGCAUGCUAUGUGAAUUAUAUUUCAACAAAGCUGUUAAUAUCAGGAAGUGGUAAGUGCUAUGAAAAAAGUCUAAAUCCACUGGGAAAUGGAGGUACUGUUUUGCAUAAAGAAGUUAGAUGAGACAUCUCUGAUGAGGUGACAUUUAAAUAGAUAUUUCAGGAAAGAUAGCUGUUGGGCCUGUGAACAUCAAGGGUCAUGGAGGCUGAGGAGCACAGUAAAUGUAAAGGCCUUGAGGUAGGAAUUCACUUGAAUAUUCACGAAUUGUGUGGCUAGAAUGGAGUAGGCAAGGAUAAUGGAAUGGGAUGACUUAGGUCAGAUCGCGUAGAGCCUUGUGAGGACUAGAAUUGUUUUUCUUUUAUGCUGCAAUAGCCAAUACAACAUCUCAGUGAUUCAAGUAAAAGGUUGUUAUGCAUCCUUUGUGGGUUGGAAUGGGUCUCUGCUCCACAUCGUUGACAUUCCCAUCCCUAGUCUAUCUGAAACCCAUGGGAAAGAGGGCAUGUGUUUCUAGAAGGAGGGAAACAAGGCAAAUCGAAACAGUGGCUCCCAACCACAGUGCAGCCUUGGCUUUAACAAUUUUUGUUUUCUUUUGCCAUAUCACGUGGUAAAAUUGACUUUUCAGGAGGCUGAGCCAUGUGACCCAUGGCUUGAAACACCCUUAAGCAUUCCCUGGUGAAUCCCAGUUAGAGAGGCAGAUCCCUGUACCUCAAUCGUGUUCUUGCUCUGUUCCAGAGACAUUUAGAUGAGUGCCAAGGUUAGAUGCUAACCUUUAAUUUUGUCCAAUUUUGUUUUGCUUUUUUUCAAUAACAUGGUCACUAUUUUGCCCUUUCCUUCUGCCGCCUUUACAGGUUUAUUUCAUCAUUUUCAUCGUCAUCGAAAAGCAUUUAUUAAGAGCAUAAUACUGUUUAAAACUUUUAUACCUGAGAGAAUUGUUCAGCUGUAGUUUAAUAAUAAAACACUUUGAUGAUGCUUUAGUGACCAGAAGAGUGAAUUGUGCUUAAAAAUAGAAAGUUAACACUGGUGUUAAAUCUUUUCUGUACCAUUAUUUCCCUGGGGGAAAAAUGGUGAAUUGUUUUAGAUUCAGCCAGUUUUAAAAUUUUUUUCUUUAAUAUUAAAUUACUUUAAGUGUGUGCUUGCUUAUUGACAGCUUUGGUUAGGAAAUGCUGCUGCUUUUUUCCUAUUACAGAGUAUAAAGAUAGAUUAAUAUUUUUGCUUUUGUUGGACAUAAUUUAGAAUGGAAGAAGUAGCCUUGGAUUGGGAGUUAGAAGAUAAGAGUUUUGCCCAGCGUGGCCAUAGCUAGCUCUCUGACUCCACUCAAGCUAAUAAAAUGAGAAUUGGACAACAGAACAUGAACCAUUGAGUGCCUCACUCACUCUCAUCUCUCACGUGCAAUCCUGUUAGUUUUUCCUUACACUGCAAUCACAUUUUAUAUAGAGGUUGGUUCUAAAGUCCCUAUGUAAGGUGAAGAUCAUUGGUGUUAAAAAUACCAUUGGAAACACUUGCAGAAGAUUCCCCUUUGGAAGCUGUCUCAGAAGAACCCAGCACAGCCCAUUCCUUCCUCCAGCACUGGAAUAGAUCUCUGCCUGUUUAUUUGAGCACCAAUUGAAGCAUCUGGCCUCAUCUUCAACUUCAGUUUAGGGACCAUGUUUUAUGAAAAUACAUCACUUUAAAUACUCGACUCAUACCGUGUUGUGAGAUGCACAAAAUCUGAUUGGCAUGUGGAAACUGAGACCAACGGAGUGACUAUUCAUGUGUCAUGUCUCGUGCUCAUUAAGUAGAAGUGGGGGGGGGUGGGCAGUUAGUGAGACAACUGAAAUUUCUUUUCAUCUUGCUUCUUCCUUUUUAUUUUUUUUACCAAAUAAGAAGAGUUGAAUUUGUGUGAACUAAAUGUCUAUUUUCUACAACUCCAGUGUACUCAGAAUCUCUCCUCUCCACUUUUACAGCCAGUGUCUAACUUAACGGCCCUAAUGCUUUCCCACCUCAGUCACUUCUAGUCAUCUCCAUAAAUGGCCACUCUAGAUUCAGAUCACCCAUGAUCUUUGCUGCACACUUGUCCUAGAGUGAUCUUGUUAAAUAACUCUCCUGAUCAGAACACCUCCAUGGCACCAAGACUCUCACAGGAGUGCUUCUCAGACUUCCCACCAAUGUUUUCCUGUACAGAGUUUGGUGAAAUAAGUUGUUUUAGGGUCCUGGGAGCACAGCGUGAUGUGGGGAUUAUGUUUGUUUUCAUGUAAGACUGUCAUAUUAUUGCUGAUUAGAAUUGAUGCUGCUGGAAUGUGCCAUUCCUGUCAUUACGUUUGCAUGGUCUCUGGUGCCCCUGUUUGAAGUACAGAUCCUUAGGAGAUUAAACACUCAAGCAGGAUUCACAAGUUCUUCAUUUUCUGAUCUUUGCCUUCCUGUUCAGUCUCCUCUUACCAUGACACUUCUCACAUUUGAAGAUCACUUGAAGUGCCCUGAAUGUGUUGAAUUUAAGCCUUUGGUGCCUUUGUAUCUGCAUUUAUUCAUUUGGUGAAUAUUUAUUGAGCACCUAAUAUGUGCCAGGUACUGUUCUAGGUAUGAAUAUUAUGGGAUACAGCAAUGGGCAAGAUUUAAGUCUUGGCCCUUGUGGAGCUUACAUUCUAAUGGGAGAGGAUGAUGACAAAUAUAUGAUAUAAUGUCAGAUGGUAUUAAUGCUGUAAAGAAAAGCAAAGCAUGGUAAGAUGAUAGAGUGAAGAUGGGGCUCUGUUGGUCUGGCAGGGUUAUGUAAGGAGGUGAUUUUUAAGAAUUUUAUCCUUAAUUGACAAAUAAUUGUAUAUAUUUAUGGAGUACAAUGUGAUGUUUUGGUACAUGCAUAAUUGUGGAGUGAUCAAAUCAGGCUAAUUAACAUAUCCAUCAAAGGUGAUAUUAAAAUGGAAACCUGAUGAAGUAUGAGAGCAACCAUGUUAUUAUUAGGGGUAAGAGGGCUCAAGGUAAGGAGAACAGCACGUGCAAAGGCCCUGAGGUGGAAGUGUUCUUGGAGUGUUAAUGGAGCAGUAGGAAGCUCAUUGUGGCUGAGUAGAAUGAACAAGGGGAAGAUGGGUAGAAGAUGAGAUUGGAGAGAUUAGUAGAUGCAGAGUGUACAAGGCCCUGAGCCCAUGAUAAGUUUUCUUUUGCUUUGAACAGCUUCCCCUUCCAUCUGUAACUGUUGGGUGAGGUGGAAUUAAUUUUCAUUUGUUCUACAUGCUGACCAGUUGCCCCUCUGUUUACUGAAUUCUUAUGUCUUCUCCACUGAGUUUGAAAUGCCAUUUAAUUAUAUGUUCUGUAUGUGUAUUUAUACAUAUAUGUUUAUCAGCUCUCUGUCAUUGAUUUUUCUUCUUGCACACAUAGUAUAACAUUUUAAUUACUGUACCUUUUUACCAGGUCUUGGCAAACAAUGGCCCAUGGGCCAAAUCCAGCCCUACCACCUGGUUUUUAUAAAUAAAGCUUUAUUGGAAAGCAGCCAUACUUAUGUAUUGUUUCUGGCUGCUUUUGAGCUACUAUGGCAGUGUAGUUGCAACAGAGACUGUAAUGGGCCAGAAAUCCGGAAAUAUUUACAAUCUGGCUCUUCACACAGAGUUUACCAGGCUCUGCUUUAUACUGUGUAUUGAUAUCUCAUAGGGCAAGUUCAUCCUCAUUCUUCUUUUUCAACAAUUUCUUGGCAGGCCUAACAUGUUUAUUUCUCCAGAUGAACUUUAGAAUCAAUCUCCCAAGCUUGCCUGACUUCCUUCUUUUCCCCACCUCUUUUUGGGGUGGAGAACUGGGGAGCCAGCAGAAUAGGAAUUUUGAUUGCAUUAAUUUGUGGUUUAGUGAAGGGAGAAGUGAUUGCUUUACAACGUUGGGUCUUUCUAUUCCAGAAAUAUCUCUCUACAUGUAUAUCUUUCAAUAAACUUUAAUUGUUCAUUCUGAACAAUAAAAUCAUACAUAUUGGAGUUUAUUCCUAUAUGUAUUGUUCCUUUUUGUUGCCAUUAUAAUUGCGAUCUUGUCCCAGUUAUAUUUUGCAAGUGACUAUUUAUGGUAUAAAGGGAAGUUUUUGCUUUUUAUGUAUUUAAAUUCUGUUUCUAACCCUCUUAUGAGAGUAAACUGUUAGGACUGAUAAUUUUUGUUUCUUUUGAUAGACUGUCAUUGUCUGAACUUACCAAUAAUUGUUUUAUUAAUGUUUAUGUCCCCACCUAUAUUGUGUAGUUCUCUUAUCUAGAGUAGUUUGGGGGAAUGGACUUUGACCCCCUCAGUGGCAUUCGUUUUUUUUUCUUUUGUGUAGGUCACAGCAAAUGGUAGUUAAAACAAGCAAAAAAAAAAAAAAAAAAAAAAAAAACCCAGACAAGUUUAUGCCCAAUCAGCAGUUGUUGGUAGUUUUAAGAAAAUCCAGAAGAUAAUCUAGGCAAGCUAUUUAUCAAGCAGGCUGUGCCUUUGUAGAGCUGAUUGCUGGUUUUAAUACAGACUGUAGAGUUGCCAUGUCACACAGGAGAGUCAGACUUAGCACUGUUUUACUUUGGAGAGCCGUCUGAUCAUGGAAUGCAGUCAAAACCUAGCAUUUGUCCUUUGGAAUUGAAAUAGGAGCAGAAGGAGAUUUUUAUCAAUCAGUUAGUGCUUUCCAGAAUACAUUCUCGGUAAAGCAUUUGAUAUUUACCCUUAACAUCUAUGCCUUAAGGAGGUGAAAUCUACUGUAGAUUUCAAGGGCUAUUACUUGCCAUGAGCAUUGAACAGAUGAACUGUAAAUCCAAUGUGUGUUAACCUUUGUGAAUCUAUCUUUUAAUAACAUUUUUGUCUUUUUUUCUCCUGAAUUUGUGUCUUAACUUCUCCUUAUGUUGAUGAGAUGAUAGAAAAAUUAUCCACGUUACUGGUUUCAUUUCUUCCUUUUUCUUUUUUCUUUUUUUUGGUUGAAGUGAUGAUGAUGUGGUAGCAAUAGGGAUUGGAUAUAGAAAUGGAUAAUUGCUGACAUAUAUUAUGUAUUUGUGAAAUGAACCUGUUUACUCUUGUUGCCUUUAGUAAAGUAAAACUUCAUAUGUGGAACCUGAUUUUAAACAUAAUAUCUGUAUUUUUUUUCCUGUGUGUUGUGAUUAUCUGCAGUCAACAUUAUGAACAUCAGUUGCUGGUAUAUGAGUAGCAGUGCCAUUCUUGCAUUGCUAUAAAGAAAUACCUGAGACUGGGUAAUUUAUAAAAGAAAAGAGUUUAAUUGACUCACGGUUCUGCAGGCUUUACAGGAAGUAUGUUGCUGGCAUCUGCUUGGCUUCUAGAGAGGCUUACAAUCGUGGAGGAAGGUGAAUGGGGAGCAGGCACAUUACAUGGCGAAAGCAGGAGAGAGAGAGAGAAAGGGUGAGAGGUGGUGCCACACACUUUUAAAUGACUGAACCCCAUAAAAACUCACUCACUGUCUCAAAGACAGCACUAAGCCAUGGGGGAUCCGCCCCCAUGAUCCAAACACCUCUCACCAGGCCCCACCUCCGGCACUGAGAAUUACAAUUAAACAUAAGACUUAGGUGGGGACAUAUCCAAACUAUAUCACCAUCAUAGGCUAAAAGAUGUACCAGGCCACCUGCCUCAAUUACAGAGGAAGCUCUGACCUUGGGAUCAUUGAUGUAAGGUGAGAAUUGAAUCUAGGAAAAGUUAGAGACUAUUUUAGACAGCUGUGUGGUAUGGAGAAUGGUAUAAGUAAAUAUAGUCGGAACUGAUGUCUUUUAUUGAGCACUUACUAUGUUCCAGGUAUUGUAAUGGGUACCUGACAUACCUAGGCAUUGUAAUAGGUGUCUGAUAAUAUUUUCAACCAUACAACAACAUUAUGAAGGAGAAUUUUUUAUCCUCACUUUACAAAGAGAAAAUUGGUAGACCUGAGAUUUGAACCAGCUGUUAGACUCCAGAGUCAGGUCGUGAAGCAAAGUGGAUUUUUGACAGGAAUAGAGUGGUUUUGUGUGUAUGUGUGUGCGUGUGUGUGCAAGUGUAUGCACACAUUUGAAUUCUGUUGGGUGUAGGAAGGGCAGUGGGCAGAAUGUGGGGUUGGAAGGAAGGGUUUUGUGGAGUAGAGUGGUGAAAGAUGUUUGGAGUAUGAGUUGGGCCCAACUCACAAAAGUCCUGGAAUUCCAGAUUGAGGAUAACUUGUGUUUCUUGUCUUUUCUACUUCUUCCAUAUUUAUAUAAAGGAGGGAGAAAGAUAUAACAGUUUUGGUUUAUUUAGAUUCUCUUAUGGGAAUUUUGGGAGUUUAAUUAACAGCAGGGUGGUGAAAUGACAAAAGCACAGCCUGGAGAGUUAGAAGAGACCUCAUUGCUGGAAUGGCUUUUGGCAAGCCCCUUUUUCUCUGCCCUCCCUUGCCCUCAGUGAAAAGAGAAUCAAGAGCCUAAAGUUUUCUCAGUUUUUGCUUUUUGUUUUUUUGGGGGCCCAAGAGUUUAACUUCAUAUUUUAAGAUUUUCAGCUGAACUCUCAUCUCUCAACACUGGCAAAUAUUCAUAAGAUCUACCACACUCUUAAUAAGCUGAACCUAACAGAAGACAUUGGCCAAGACGAUCACCAAACAGGAAGUCUGCGGUCUUGCAGUUCUUCAGACUGCUUUAAUAAAGUGAUGCCACCAAGGAAAAAGAGAAGACCUGCCUCUGGAGAUGAUUUAUCUGCCAAGAAAAGUAGACAUGAUAGCAUGUAUAGAAAAUAUGAUUCAACUAGAAUAAAGACUGAAGAAGAAGCCUUUUCAAGUAAAAGGUGCUUGGAAUGGUUCUAUGAAUAUGCAGGAGCUGAUGAUGUUGUAGGCCCUGAAGGCAUGGAGAAAUUUUGUGAAGACAUUGGUGUUGAACCAGAAAACGUAGUUAUGCUUGUCCUAGCUUGGAAAUUGGAUGCACAAAACAUGGGUUAUUUUACUCUACAGGAGUGGUUAAAAGGAAUGACUUCUCUCCAAUGUGAUACAACAGAAAAACUCAGAAAUACUUUGGAUUACUUAAGAUCAUUCUUAAAUGAUUCUACAAACUUUAAACUUAUUUACAGAUAUGCGUUUGACUUUGCACGGGAAAAGGACCAGCGCAGCCUAGACAUAAACACUGCCAAGUGCAUGUUGGGACUGUUAUUAGGAAAAAUAUGGCCCCUUUUUCCAGUUUUUCACCAAUUCUUAGAGCAAUCAAAAUACAAAGUUAUUAAUAAAGACCAGUGGUGCAAUGUCCUAGAGUUUAGCAGAACAAUUAAUCUUGACCUCAGCAACUAUGAUGAAGAUGGAGCAUGGCCAGUUUUGUUGGACGAGUUUGUGGAGUGGUAUAAAGACAAACAGAUGUCCUAGGACUUUAUGCAUAGCAGCGAGAGAGUCACUGUUACCACAGUUUUGUCACCCAUUAGCCAUAAAUUGCUGUUUGUAUCAAAGCGCAUGCUGCUUCUCUUGCACUGUUUCCCUUUCGCAGGGACAUGUUGGUGUUUGCUAUUGAAUUGGCCAGCUCUGCUUGCUGUGUGGCAUUGUUCUCUUGGAAGGCUGCUUUGCAGUUUGUAUUUACACUACAGAUUGGUGAAUUUGCCAACGUCCUCACUGUGAUUAUGUGUAUAUUGCUGUUUAAAUUUUGUAUAUGUGUAUAAAAGGAAAAAGCUUCACCUAGAGAUUAUUUCUGAGAAAUGUAUUGUAAAAAUAAUUUUGUGGCAUUUCUAGUCCCUUUUUUUGAAUGAACCAAUUAUACUUUAUUUGGUCUCCUAUGUAGCAUUUCAGAAAACAAGACAAAACUGUUACCAUGAACAAACAUUGCCAGAAUUAACCUUACUGUUUAAGAGGCCAACUUCUGGAAGGAGGUAGGAGUCAUAACUUUUCAGAGGCAUAUGCCAAAUAUCAUUUGGUAUACUUAACAAUAUUAGUGUUUUAAAAUGAUGAGUUAUAAUUAUUUGAACAUAUAGAUAUGUAACAUGCCACAAAUCAUUUCCACCACGCAAGGUAUAUAAGUUGUUUAUUUUUUAGUGUUAAAACUAUAGUAGCUUGAAUAUAGGUACCAAUGAACAAAUUCAAAUUGCACCUCUUUUCUUAAAAGAAUGGGAUUUAAACUCUUGUAAACAUUCUUUAACUUUUUUGUUUGUUUUCUUUUUUUCCUUUUGCAUUCUUCUAGCCAGUGAUUGAUCUGCUAAUGCUUUCUUUGCCACUCAAAGUAAAAUUUAUUUUGCCUCCUCAAUGAAAAUCUCAUGGUUUUGCUGGCUGUUUAUAACUGCAUCGCACUUCUAGUUGUGGCUUGAAUUUUCAGUUAAGCUUUCAUGGUAUGUAAUUUUCCAGCCUUUUGAGAAAACAAGCAUACUAUAAGUGAGAGCUGUUUUGUUUUCCUUGUUUGUUUGUUUCAUGCUAGGCUUUUCCUGGCAGCAUGUCCAUUGCAGGCAGUGGACAAGAAACCACCAGCAUUGAGCUAACCCAGUACAUGCUAGGACCUGUCCUAGAGGGGCCACUUUUCAUUACCUGAGUUAUUUGUACAGAGGGGCGAUAGCCAUUAUUUUUGUGGAUGAGGAAACAAGAAUAAACAGAAUGGUGUUUUUAGGUUUGUAUUUUAUCUUUUUUUUUUUUUUUUUUUUUUUUUGCCAUUCUUGAGGAAAUAUAGAGAUGACAUGUUUUCACCCCAACUAUCUGGUGCUAUUGAAUGACUAAUUCAGUCCUUAAAGUUCUGUGAAAACACAAAAGUCUAAUGAUUUGAGUGAGUAAAAGGUAAUGGUGCAUUUGAACAAGUAAAUGCUGUCGUGGUCAGCAAGAUCCGUGAUUUGAGCAUGUGAUGAUUGGAAAAAGGUUUGGGUUAUUUGGAAGUCUGGCUAAAACUUCUUUCGGGUGACAUGUGAUCCUUUAAAUGGCAUUAAGUGAAUAAAGCACACAGACAAUGCUACUCUUGAUCACUAUUUUACCAUUUCUUUGCAAACAGUGUUCACAUUUUCAUAUUUUUUCCCUAACUGAACCACCAAAGAAAGAAAUUUUGUAUGUAUAUACAGUGUGUGUGUGUAUACAAAAUCAUGAUAUAGUAGAAUGCAACUACUUUCUUUUUCUACCAAACGAAAGGUUUUAUUUGCUGUGAAAUAAACCAGAAGUUUAAAAAACCCUGUAGUGAUUAAGCAUACUUAACCACUCCUUGUUUGUAGAUUCACUUUCAACCUUAAAAAUUAAUACCAGUUUGCAUAAACCAAUAUCUGUAAAGAACAGAAAAUGUUGAUGGCAAGCAACAGCUAUUAAGACUGAUGUGACGGAUGCAUUUGUUUUGCAGUGGUGGCUGGCCUAGGCAGGUUUGGAUCUGUGAAGAAUUGAUUCAUUUUCAAAAUUAUUCCAUAAAGUUAAAAAGUUACACUUUAAAGGCAACAGGUCAUACAGUUCUUUAAAUUUGAUCAACUGUAGCUUUAUUUAAAGCAAAUAUAAAUCAUAGAUGAAGUUAUUUUAAACAUUAUGUUAGAAUAUAGAGAUUUUUUUAAAAUGCUAAUAAGCACAGUUAAUUCUAAAAUGAGAGGAUUGUUACAGGAGGGAGAUGUUACAGUUAAUCCACAAUCAACAUUUUGAUGGUAGGGAAAAAACUGCGUAAAAACUAUUGCAUUAUGUAUGAUAAGAAAGUAAGUAUUCCAAAGGGAUAAUCUUGCAUAUUAAGAAAACUCCAAAUAAUCUUUAAAUUGCCUUGAAAAAUAAACCUCUGUGACUGCUGAGCGGCAGAGUGCUUACCCUUGGUUGUCUUGAUUUUAUAUAGUUAUUUCUAAGGGGAGAAAAAGAGGUCAGACAGAGUAAUAUGCUACAUUUUCUUAAAAACUUCUCUAAGUUGCACAAAAUUGAACAAUCAUCAAGCACUUAUUUACUGGCUAAUGUUGAAUAAAUUAGGGUGCCUUCAUCUGGGUUUUCUUUAGUACCUAAGUCUACAACCCUUUCUCUUUUUCUAUUGUGUUUCAAACUCCACAUUGCAAUACUCUGUUGUCAUGGAAUACAACCUUUAGAUGUUUACUGCUGAAGUAGGUCAGAAAUUGUAUUAUUUGAUUUGCCUCAAACAUCCACUGUAAUGUUACAUGCACCUUUUUUGAAGCAUGAACUCUGAAUUACGUUUUUAUAAAUCUGACUAGGCAAACCUAGAUUCUGGUUUCACAAUGGAUUUAUUUUGUCUCUCAGUCUCCAUUUUAACAGUGCUUCUGAAGUUUAUACAGAAAGCUUUAAAAGUUAGUUUGUGCCCUUGGUUUUUAUUCUUAAAACUGCUAAAAUACCUCUGUAAGCCUUAUCCUUUAUUCUUUCAUAUGUUGUAUAAUAAAUGUAUAGAUUUCAUUGACCAACUAAAAUGUUGGGUGUCUGUAAAUGAGACCAAACCAUGGGUUGCUUUUUUCAUAAAAUAAUUUCUAUUGGGGGUUACUGUUCAAUGACAGCAGGUAACCUAUAACUGUGAAUGCUUCGUGUCGUCAGUAUUUGCAUUACAUUCAUAAAAGUGUGCAAGUCCUGUGACUCCCAGCUUAACUGAAAUACUGUUAUGCCACCUAACUUGAGUACAGCAAACUGGUUUUAGGUUUCAAUGAAAUUGAUGUAAAAUGAUAUCCCAUAAAUAAAAAGUAUUUGUGUUUGGUUUCAGAA